GGGACAGCCAGGUUUGCGGGCGGCAGGCGGGGAAGGUGAGGCGUCGCUGGGAGGAGCCGCCCGUGCCGGGGCGGCGGCGCCGCGGUCCCUCGGCUGCCGGGGCUCUCUGGGAGGCGGCAGCGGGGCUCCCGAGAAGCAGCUGCCUCUCGGCACAGAGCCUGGCGGGUCAGCGCCCGGGCCGGCGUCCCUGCACCGCCCAGCUGCCACAGCCCCUUCCAAGGGAAUGCUUCCAGAAAUACGUCGCAAUUUGAAUGAAGAGUAUUGGUUAAUGAUUUCCUGCCGUACCUGCUGAGGGAUGCCAGCGUUUCACAGAAUCACGGCUAUUGCCAUAGUCGCACAUCCUGACGGGGCUAACACAACUCUUCCACGCUGACUAGGGUGAAACUUUAUGGACAUGGCUUCGCAUACCUGAAAUUUUUUUUCCCUUUUGGAAAAUCUGGGCAAAGAUAAAGCUCCACAGGUCGAUUGAAUGCUCAAGAUGUGGACAGAAUGGCUGGGGAAAGGGAGAAAUUUGGCUGUUUAUCAUGGCAGAAUGGGCAGGGAAACAUGACAGCAAAAACACUGUUUUCAUGUAACAUUGCAACAGCAUUUCUAUCUUUAAUUAUUGCAAAGGAAUGUGAAGCCUAUGAUGUGAUGUUGAAGCAGAGCCUUGUGCCUGUAGGGCAGCCUCUUGCUAUUAAAUGUUCCCUGGAAAAGAGCUUGAAAAGUGGAGACUACAACUUAACAUGGUAUAAAGUUGGUAACAAGAGAGCUGUGCCUAGAGACAAACUGUCUAGAGUUCAUCAGCAGAAGAAUCUAAUCUGGUUUCUUCCUGCCAUGUUAGAAGAUUCUGGAGAUUAUGAAUGUGUCAUAAGGAAUUUGACAAGCUGCAAAAAAAUGUGUACAAAAGUAACAGUUUUUGAGAGGAUUGAUGGUUUAUGCUUAAAUGAAAAAUUUGCUGUAGAGGAGGUGAUAUUCACAUCAUCUUCAGCAAAGGUCGUUUGUCCCCACUUGGAUUAUUUCAGGAAAGAGAAGAAUAUUCAUCCUGUUCAUUGGUAUAAGGACUGCCAGCUGCUGGAAGGAGAAAGGUUUGUCCUUUCAAACAGUGACCUUAUAAUUUUCAAUGUAACUGUACAUGAUGGAGGAAACUAUACCUGUGAAACAACAUAUACCUACAAUGGGAAACAAUAUAACAUUUCACGAGACAUCAGUCUGGUUGUAGAAGUGACCCCACCAAAAAAGCCUCCAGAAAUAACUUACCCAAGAAACAACUCCAUUGAAGUGGAACUUGGCUCACGGGUUACUGUGGAUUGCAACACCACAGGUGCUGAUGGGUAUGAGGUGUACUGGACAGGCAACGGUGUGUAUAUUGAUGUGUUUCACAUGAGCAGAAUUAUUGCAAGUCUCUAUGAGGGAGAAACUUCUUACGACGGGCGCCCUAUGUAUUCUGUGAAGCUAAUAAUUUCAGAAGUAAGCAGUGAAGACUAUGAACAGCCUUUUGUUUGUCAAGCUUCAAAUGCCUUUGGGCAAGUUGCAUCCUAUAUUAUUUUAAAACACAGAGUUCCUGACAUACGAAGAUGGCUGACUGGAGGCCUUGUCUCUUUGUUAAUUUUAACAUUUAUUACUUUAAUAAUCUACAAGAUUUUCAAGAUUGAUUUGGUACUUUGGUACCGUUCUUCUGUCUGUGCCCUUACAAGUAAGGAAGAUGGGAAAAUCUAUGAUGCAUAUGUCCUGUACACAAAAAGCAGUGAAGGCAGAAGUAUAUGUUGUGUGGAAACCUUUGUUCAUAGGAUACUCCCAGAUGUUUUAGAAAAACAAUGUGGAUAUAACCUUUUCAUAUUGGGAAGGGAUGAUUUACCAGGAGAAGCUGUGGUCAGUGUUGCUGAUGAAACCCUUAAGCAAAGCAGAAGACUGAUGAUUAUUUUGGGAUCAGAAAGAUCUAGGUGCUGCCUGUUGGAAGACACCUCUGAGCAACAACUAGCUAUGUAUAAUGCUCUCAUCCGUGAUGGGAUCCAAGUGAUUCUUAUAGAAAUGGGUGAAAUACAGGACUACACCAGCAUGCCAGAAUCAAUCAGAUACGUUAAGCAAAAACAUGGAGCUAUUCAAUGGAAAGGAGACUUCUCAGAGAAAUCUUGUUCAGCAAACACAAGAUUCUGGAAAAAUGUGCGCUAUCAAAUGCCAUCCAGGAAAAAGGGAACUUAUUCUGAAGUGCAUUUGUUGCCCCUAAUGUCAAACAGUUCUGCAGCAAAGGAAAGUUGAGAAGCACUUAUUUAAAUAAUAUUAAGAAUGUAAUUUUGAAUUGAGAUGUUUCUUGCAUAUUCCUUAUACUACAAAGUAGAUAUUUUCUUUGAGGAAUAAAAACUGCUCAUCUCUUUCAUAAAUUACACCCUAAAAGAAAAACUCUGUGCAACUUUAUUUCUGUUACUUCUGGGUUUUGGACAGUGCCACAAUUUGUUGUCUUAGUCUCCAUCAAAUAUUACAAGUAAACAGGGUGAUAAUGAUAGCUAUUAAGUAGCCGUGGUCCACAUAAAUGUUGUAUGAAGAAACAGCUGUGAAGUCCAUUUAAAAAAAAUCAAAACUACAGUUGAUAAAAUUAAAAGUCUAUUUCUAUCGUCAGCAUUCUCCUAGUCAUUCUGUUCCAAUUCUUGUUGCCUCUCCAUGGUUGUCUGAUUUCCUUAUUGCUGCAAGAAUCUGCUCUGUGCGAGCUUUGUCUCCUGAGCAACGGAUCUUACCCUUGCUUCUUGAAAGGGUUGGGGAAAUACAUGACAUAGCAGGUAUAUUCAAAACUCAUCACAACACUAAAUGUGUUUCUGCUGAAGAGCUGGUGUUAAAUGUGUUCAGCAAAUGAAAGUGAAUGAAGUCUGUGGAUUUUUAGAGUGUUGAACAAUUCUGUGAUAUCUGGUGUAUGUUUACUUUUGAAACUUAGUCUCUUGUAAUGCUUGGGAAACUGAAAAUAGUUCAUACUUCUUGAGAACGUGAAGCUUUCUAGACUGUGCUGCUGCUCUGGAAACCAGAUGUUCUCAUGCUGUGUCUCAGCUGUGCUAACUGCAUGCACAGAAAUUCACUGAAUUCACCCAUCAAAGAGCUGUGCUUGGGCUGGGUAUCCUGGAGAGUGGAAAGCGGCCAGUUCUGAAAAAUGACCUAAUUCUAAUGGCAAGAAAUGGUAACUCAUCUACUUGUGAAAGAAAAAGUUAGAGGCAUGUGGCUACAUCAAACUUCUUGAGAAUAGCUUGGUACUUCUGGAUCCCAGUCCACUUUUGGUGUGCAUCACUGUGAGAAAAUGACAUGCUGCUUCCUUUUCAAGGUGGUCUGAAGCAGCAGGAGUUUUCAGGCUCUAGUUUUGAAGAACAUCAUCUAAAUGCAAAUAUGAAUUUUGCUUGCUUUUUAAACAUUACUUUCUGGAGUUAUGUAGGUUCUAACAUAGUGUUUUUUGCCAGGAUAGCAUCUGUCAUGGAAUUACUUCCAGUUGGAUCUCAGAGGUAUGCAUAUCUAGAAUAUAUCCUUCAUUGGGCUGUAUUGAUGGGAGAGAAAGCAAAAUCUAGGUGUGGAAAUGUAUAAUAAAAAGGAAAGAUUUCCAAUAGCA